AAACGUUUAACAAUUUAAAAAGCGUGUCACGAGUAUCCAAAAGUGUAUCAAGUUUUGUAGGAGAAAAGAACGAGGCCUCAGGACUCUUUUUUUAUCAAAAUUUGAAAACCAAAUCGCACAAAUCAUCGAGCAAAUGUUACCGCCUCGCCGAAAGAGUUGUAAACUUACGCCUAAUUCGCGGAGAUUGCAAGCUAUUCGCACUAACAUAGAGAAUUAACGUAGAGACGGGAAUAGCGCCCGCGCGCGCGCCAAUCUCGAGGCGGCGCCACAGCUGGUUUCUUGGCUGCGUUGCCGAUCGCCAGCUCGCGUUGGUGGUGGUGGCCAUGCACACGUCGACCAAGCUCCGGAUCCCCACGUCGCAGCAGCAGCAGCUUGACGCGGCGAUUAUGGACGGCGCGCACCGCUCGCCGGCGGCGAGGCCGCCGGCGCCGCCGCGGUCCAAGAUGAAGCUCCUACUCCUCGUCAUCGCCACGAACCUCGUCUCCGUCUACCUCUUCUCCGGCGCGUCGCUGUCGCUCCGCCUGCCGGCGGGGGCGGCGGCGCCGAGCAUCCACCUCUGGGACUCCUCGGCGCUGCUGCGCGACCUCGGCGCCACGCGCGCGGCGCUCGCCGCGGCGCGCGCGGAGGUCGCGGCGCUCCGCGCGCAGUGCAACGCGUCGUCGCUCCUCCUCGAGUCCGUGCUCGCCGGGCUCGGCGCCGCCCACGGGGACAAGCCGGCGGCGGCGGAUCGGGGAUUCGACGGGUGGCCCGAGGAGCCCACCGGCGAGCUCAGGCUCGCCACCGAGCCGCACCGGCUGCCGCUCGGGUUCUCCGCCAAGCUCGGCACCGACGAGCUCCACCCGGGCGUCGGCUUCGCGUGCCGCAACUUCCAGGACGAGCUCGCGCGGUACAUGGCGUACGACGCCGGCGGCGAGUGCCCCGACGACGCCGACGCCCUCGAGCUGCAGCUCAUCCUCAAGGGGUGCGAGCCGCUGCCUCGCCGGCGGUGCAGGCCGAGGUCGCCGGCGAGGUACGUCGAGCCGGCCCCACUCCCCGGGAGCCUCUGGUCCAUCCCGCCGGACACCACGGUGAACUGGUCCCCCUACGCGUGCAAGAACUACACCUGCCUCGUCGGCCGCGCCCGCGCCAGGGGCGGCGGCGGCGGGUCGUACGAGUGCAAAGACUGCUUCGACCUCGCCGCGGGCGGGAAGGAGCGGCGGCGGUGGAUGUCCGACAACGGCGGGCCCGGGUUCAGCAUCGACGGCGUGCUGGCGUCGCGGGCGCCCGGGACGGUGCGCGUCGGGCUGGACAUCGGCGGCGGCGCGGGCACGUUCGCGGCGCGGAUGCGGGAGCGCGGCGUGACCGUGGUGACCACGACGCUGGACGUGGGCGCGCCGUUCAGCGCGUUUGUGGCGUCGCGCGGGCUCGUGCCGCUGCAGCUGUCACUGGCGCAGCGGCUGCCGCUCGCCGAUGGAGUGAUGGACAUCGUGCACGCGAUGCAGCUCGGCGGGUGGGUGCCCGGCGCCGUGCUGGAGCUCGCGCUGUUCGACGUGUACCGGGUGCUCCGCCCCGGCGGCGUGUUCUGGCUGGACCACUUCGCCUGCGUCGGCCCGCGGCUGAACGACACCUACGCCCCCAUCCUGGACCGCGUCGGGUUCCGCCGCCUCCGGUGGAAGGCCAGCCGCAAGCUCGACCUCGGCGCCGAGAGGAACGAGUGGUACCUCUCGGCGCUGCUCGAGAAGCCCUUGACAUGA